GAAGGGGGUCACUCGACUAUCUUGUCAAUUUAAUAGAUACUCUUUGGCAUCAUAGCAGCCAUGUCGCAAAGUGACAACCACUGUCGGAAAUACUAAACGUUUUGGUGUUGAAAAAAAGUCGGAGCAGAAUCUAUUGUGGUGAUGUUGGAGAGGAGUGAACGAGCUGACUACGGAGACGGGAGAUAUAUUAUGGAGUACGCGGACCAACACGCGGAAACCGGAUGAAUAUGGAUACUAAUUCACAUCGCAGAUAUUAGUACAUUUUAAUGAAAAGGGACUCGCUGCGGACAAUCUGAAUGAUCCGGUAGACGGAAGAGUUAAGGACCAAAAUCACAACUGUUUAUUUCAUUAGCUAGCAGGCUAGCUGGCUAGUUUCAAUGCGGGGCUGGAAUGGGGGAAGCUCGUCCGAAAUUUACUCAAUAAGGAUUUAUAUCGUGCACGGAAUAAACAUCUUGUACUCGUUGUUGUUUUGACAAAGUACGUGAUUUCCCGUGGAGAUCGUAGCGGCAACUUUAAAGAAGAAUGAUGCACCUAAACUGAACAUUAAAAGUGAUCCACCAAAAAAGACAAGAAAGUCGUACAGGCUCCCCGGUCGAGGCUCCAGGUUCCACAGACGGGGACUCGCAGGCCUGUGUCAGAGUUUGGCAUGGGGUUACUGUGCCAGCCUUGCCCCUACCAGGCGCUCUAGAUGAUGAUGAUUCCCCAGCGCAACAUGACAGAGAGGCAGUGAGGCUCGGCUAGCCCCCACCCGACCUGACGAAACUCUCAACACUCCCUUGUUCUACUCUAACUGCUGACCCCCACAUCCUGUCCCACCAUGCUGCGUUUCCUGCCUCUGAAGCUGGGUCGUCUCUACCGUUGUCUGAAGCUUCUGCUGGUGGUGGGUCUGUUUGUUAUCCUCCUGAUGAACACCCACAACCUGUUCGCCUCCUUCCAGAAGAACGAGCUGACGGACCGCCGCUUCAUCAACCUCAACAAGUGCCCCGCCUGCUUCGGCACCAGCUGGUGCAGGAAGUUCAUGAACGGCCAGGUGUCCUUUGAGACCUGGGGACGCCUGCGCUUCCUGGAUGUCUUCAACGUCAAGAACGUGUACUUCGCCCAGUACGGAGAGCCGCGCGAGGGGACGAGGCGCGUGGUGCUCAAACGCCUGGGAUCCAAUCAGGAGCUGGCGGACAUUGACCAGAAGAUCUGUAAGAGAGCUACUGGCCGCCCGCGCUGCGACCUCAUCCAGGCCAUGUACAAGACUGAGUUCGCCAGGCUGAACGGGGACGUGAGGCUGCUGACCCCUGAGGUGGUAGAGGGCUGGUCUGACCUCGUGCACUGCCCCUCUCAGAGGCUGCUGGACAGGGUGGUGCGACGUUAUGCCGAAACCAAAGACUCUGGCAGCUUCCUGCUGAAGAACCUGAAGGACACCGAGAGGAUGCAGUUACUGAUGACCCUGGCCUUCAACCCUGAGCCCCUCGUACUACAGAGUUUCCCGUCAGACGAGGGCUGGCCGUUCGCCAAGUACCUGGGAGCGUGUGGUCGCGUGGUGGCGGUGAACUACGUCGGCGAGGAGCUGUGGUCUUUCUACAAUGCUCCGUGGGACAAGAGGGUUGACCUGGCCCGACAGCUGAUGGACAUCGCUGAGCAGCUCACCAACAACGACUUUGACUUCGCCCUCUACCUGCUGGACGUGAGCUUUGAUAACUUCGCCGUGGGGCCGCGGGACGGAAAGGUCAUCGUGGUGGACGCUGAGAACGUCCUGGUGGCCGACAAGAGACUGAUCAAACAGAAUAAACCAGAGAACUAUGACGUGUGGUACGAGAGUCGCUUCGAGGACUGUGACAAAGAAGCCUGCCUGUCCUUCUCCAAGGAGUCUCUGUGUAACCGCGUCACUGUUGACCACAACUACUACGCUGUGUGUCAGAACCUGCUGUCUCGUUACGCUACGUGGCGAGGGACCACCGGCGGCCUGCUCCACGACCCCCCAGCCCACGUAGCCAAAGACGGCCAGCUGGAAGCGCUGUUGGACGAGUGUACCAACCCUAAAAAACGCUACGGACGCUUCACGGCCGCCAAGGAGCUGAGGGACUACCUCACCCAGCUAGUUUCCUCCUCCUCCUCCUCAGCCACGGCGAGGUGAUGAACAGAGCCUACACUUGGCGAUAGCCUGCAGCUCGGCGUGGCUGGUCAGGGUUUCACCCCCCCUGAUCUUGUCCCCAGGAACUUAACCCUUGACCCUCCUCGUCUCACUUCAAGUGCAGGAGAUAUCCUCACUGGUCACACAGCAGUUGGUUUGGUCUCCUUCCUGGUGGAAACCCAAACUGAUCGAUAGGAGAUGUUUAAAGGGAACUAGGAAGUCCUUCACUGCUGGUUUAUAUUAUUCCUUCUGACUUUGUUUGGUAGCUGGUGAGAAUGAGGUGCUUGGAGCUAGUGGACCAGGAGAAGGGGAUCGACAGGCCCAGAGCAGGACUGUUCUCCUAGGGGAGAGCUGAGGGAAAAGCGCCUGGCUACUCUAAUGGAGCAUGUGGUGUCUGACUCAAUGACUCCUCUCUCCUCUGUCUGUCCACCAGGACCCCUCUGUCUGUCCACCAGGACCCCUCUGUCUGUCCACCAG